AUGUUUCCUCCCUUUACAACCUUUGUGCAUGCGCUCUUGGCUCUCAUACUGGACCCGUUUGCGUAUGUGUGGAAGAGCGAUGACGUACCGUCGAUUGAUUCGCAGUGUGGGCAUUUGGAAGAAGGCGUUCUGCCGGUCAAAGCACAACAGCGUGACGAUCAGCAUCAUUCCAUGCGUCUGCGGCGAACGCAGGUAGAUACUGUCUCAAGUCAGCUGGGGAGUAUCGAAGAACGCGCAGAAGGAAACACGUCCGCCGAAUUUAAGGAAAAGUAUAAGCUGCCAUUGAAGUCCAAGGUGGGACUUUGGGCACUCACAGCUAUCUUCUGCCUCUGCUGUGUCGGCUGGACUUACGUGGCAAAACGUGCCAGACACGACAAGGCUCGAGAGAUGAUCCGAUUUAUGCCAUUCAGCGCUUUCUCGAUGUAUUCCAGCUAUCCUUCAGCCCCGUUGGCCGUGCAAGGCUGGUGGGAUCAGUCCAUGGCACAGCAGGGCAGCACCACAGUCAACUGGCAGUGGCGGGCGUGGGCCAGGGGGCAAAUGCCUGGUAACGAGGUGGCAAGCGCGAUGCGGCCCCACAGCGUGGUGCUCACGAUCGAAAACGAGCACAAGAUAAUGCCGGUAUCAGUGUUCUGGAACCAGCAUUUUCUCGUUGUCGUCAAGCCUCAGGGCACCUACACCUUGAAGACUUACGAGUCAGCCCAUCUUGAGAUACAUGGUGGGCCAGGGAAGAGUGAGCAUCUGUUGACAACGAUCAAAGUCAGUGGUGAGGCGAGGCAGCGAUUUGUAGUGCGGUCAAAUCUGUGGCUCAAGCGACCGCAAGGCGUUGCCAGGCAUCCCCGCCGCACUGACACAGAGGCGCAACUGGUGUAG